AUGGCCGAUGCAAGUGCAGAGUGUUUGGAUGAGUACGUAAACAUUGUCAGCAGGAUGUUUCAUAGCGAGGAUGAAGGUUUUGAGUUCUAUAACAAGUAUGCUCUUGAGAAAGGCUUUAGUGUGAGAAAAGGCUAUGUUGAGUGGGAUGAAGCGAACGAGAAGAUAAUUCUGAGGAAACUUACAUACAGGACCAAUAAGUACAAUCUGCCGUUUGUGCCGUUUGUCGGGUUGAAUCACCACCGCAGCACAGUUAUCUUUGGAUGCGGGAUCAUUUCUCAUGAAACUAACAAGGCGUACGAGUGGAUGUUGCGGACAUUUUCUGAAGCCAUGUCGCAGAAGCAUCCGAUAUCUGUAAUCACUGAUGGGGACCUUGCAAUGCAGAGAGCGAUCAGGGUGGUGUGGCCUGACUCAUACCACAGGCUGUGUGUAUGGCACAUUCAGCAGAACAUCGUACGCCAUCUGCAUGAUGAUGAGGUUAGGGAAGAAUUCAGAUCUUUCAUAUAUGAAUCGUCUUCUAUUGAAGAGCAUGAGAGAAAAUGGAUAGAGUUCUUACGAAGGAAUGAAGUGACAAGUGAGGAGUCGUGGCUGCAUCAGAUGUAUCAUAUGAGGAAGCUGUGGUGUGCUCCAUACCUGGUGGGGCGCUGUUUCUUAGGAUUGAGCAGCAAUCAGCGGAGUGAGAGCCUAAACUCCGUGCUACAUACACAUCUUGAGGGUAAGAUGACAUUGUUUGAUAUGUUAGAGCACUAUGAGCGUUGCCUUUCCGGACGACGCUUGAACGAGGCGAUCCUAGACAUCGUGGCCUUGCAGUCCGUUCCAUUUACAGACGCUGAUGCUUCAAGUCUCGAGAAACAUGCUGCCCGGGUUUUCACGCCUUGUAUGUUUCAGUUGGUCAGAUGA